AUGAAGGUGCUGCUCUUCCUCGGCUUCGUGGUCUCCUGCAUCGCGAGCAAAUACCCCGCCUGGGCGGCCGUCACUGCAUACAAGGAGCGCUCCUACGGCGAGAUCGUCGACUAUCUUCUGGAGCUCGAAGCCAACGUGCAAGACAAGUACGGCCUGCCCAAGCGCAAGGAGCUGCAGUGCACUCGAGCCAACAAGACCGUGCCCUGUGAGCAAUAUGUGAUCAAGAUCACGGACGAGGCGACGCUGCCUGAGCCGGAGCGUCCCGAGUUGAUUUUCAGUGGUGCUGUGCACGGCAAUGAGCGCGUGGGUCCGCAGGCAGUCGUCGCGCUGGCAGAGCUGUUGCUUUCGCAUGCCAGCAGAGCUGACGGCAGCCCGUGGCUGAAGCAUCUUGUCAAGACCCGCACGAUCGUGAUCGUUCCUACCGCCAACGCGUACGGCUACAACCACAAUGUUCGCAAGGAACUCGACGUUGACCCGAAUCGGGACUUCCCGUACAACCUUGACGAAGGUGAAGAGUGCAUGGUGACGAUGGCGGCUCGAGGGCUAAACGAGCUGUGGCGCGACCAUUUGUUCCAGCUUGGCAUCACUUUCCACGCGGGUACACACUGCAUCACCUACGAAUGGGGCGGCAAGAACCACGUCCUGGAGUCUGGCAAAAGUCAGAAAAGCCCCGACGAUCGCAGCCAGCAGCAGCUCGCUCGCAUUAUGUCUCGAUUCGGAGGCAAGUUUGAAGAGAACGGCGAAUACUACCCAGACGGCACCAUGAACGACGUCGUGUAUGCGGUGAACGGUGGUAUGGAAGAUUGGGGCUACGCGGCGUCUUGGGAAAACGAGUUCACAGCACCGAAACCCAUUCGAGCGUGUAAUCCGACGAGUUACGGCGGGUAUCCAAGCACUAAAACCACGUACAACAAUGCCACCCACCGAGCAUUCAACGUUCUGAUCGAGACGAGCGACAGCAAGCAGCUGAACGCUAUUAGUUUGGGUGACAGCUCCACGUUGUCGGACGAAGCCUUGAGCGACUAUUUACCAGCUUCGGAAAUGGUCGGCCACAUUCCGCGUAAUGUCCGCUUGUCGCUGUUGUACAUCGAUCUAGUGCAGCCGUACUUGCUGUGGAAAGAACAUCCGCACAAUGCCACCGCCAACAAAACAGCAGCGUUCGAAUGGGAAGUUGCAGGAGCCAUCACGGUGGACAGCACGCAAUUGAAGAUUUGGUCCGAUGAUGCCUCUGAUGCUACGCUCACUCAAGCUCAAAGUGGUGUCACGCGAUGGUAUCACGAGGAUCUGGGCUUGAAGAUGAAGAAGAACAACAAGGGGUUGUUCUCUGCAAGCGUCGAGUUUGCGGCUGCGGGAACAUAG